CCCCCCCCCUCCACAGAACGCCCCGCCGCGUUCGUCCUCCACCACCAUUCGGACCGGUCUCACUAAGCGCCAGGCCCGGAAGGGACGCGCGCCGACCAAGAAGUAUGGACCCUCUCUCCAGCAGGCGGCGACGACCACCUCCUCCGCCCUCGAUAGUCUGACUUCCUCUGACUACUCGACCUCGUCGUCGCUGGAGUCUUCCUCGGCCUCCGACGUCUCUUCCGCGCCGCCUUCUCCGCUUCCGAGUCCUCUCGCCCUCUCUUCCCUAUCUGCGUCCCUACCGGGCUCGAGCCAGCAUGGUGGCGCGGCAGCAUGCGAUGGCGCUGGGUUUCGACACCUUCCGCAAGAAGUCGUCGACCUCAUCAUGUCCUUCGUGCCCUCGCCCUUUCCCGUCGCUCUCAUCUACGUCUGCAGGUCGUGGUACCAUGCCGGUAUCAAAUACGUCUACCGACGACCGCGGCUCUACCCCAAAAACUACCUCGACUUUGUCACCACUAUCUCAUCCUCAGACGUGCUCGGCAAGUACGUGCACGUCCUCGAUCUUCGCUUCACGAUCCAGUCCGGCAAGAACUCAUACACCUCCCGUCUCCUUCGCCGGUGCUCGAAAACCGUCGAGGAAUUCUACGCGCCGCAAACAAGUUUUGGCUACGCGCCGCUUAUCUCGGUCCGCCACUGUAUGAACCUCCGCGUGCUCGACCUCUCGCUCGUUUCCGAAACCGUCGACCUCCGCGAGCUUUUCCAAGCCAUCAAAAACCUCCAAAAGCUCACUGUCUUGAAUUUCCCGCGCUCCUCCGUCUUUUGCGUCGAUUUCGACGACAACCUCUGGCCUCCAAACCUGUCUACUUUAGGUCUCGCCGGCGGUAUAUCAGACGACUUCCUCCUCACCACUCGCUUCCCCGACACAAUCACCGAGCUGACGAUGGCGCACUGCCCGUUUGUCAAAAUGGAUGCCGUCAAGAGCUUGCUCCGCCAGCUCGGACCCACGCUCACCGCCUUACGCAUCACAUUCCCGAUGCCGGCCCUCGGCUUCAACGCGCUCGACACCGCGCUAUCGCUGUGUCCUCGCCUGUACCGCUUUAUCGUCUCGACAGACUACAUCACCCACCGGAUGCUCUCGAGCGAAAACUGCUUCACUGACCAUCCGCUCGAGAUCCUCGAGCUCGACUGUAGUGGCAUGUUGGGGCAAUCUCACAAGAUCCAGGCGGAUGACAUUGCCCUCGCGAUUCUCGAGGGCAGGCUUCCAAAGCUGAGGAUCGUGAGGGCGAGUAUUAAGUUGGGCUGGUCCAAGGAUGACGAAGAGGUCAGUGAGCUGAUUGAGGUUUUGAGUGAGAAGGAGGAUGGUGGGCUGUGGAUUUCUUGAUUAUUAUUUACAGCUACGUUUGGAAAUAUUGUGUAUUAUUAUUUGUUCAUGGUCAGGCAUUGGGUGUGGUGGGGAUUCUCUUAUUUAUAUCAAACU